CAAUUCGGCUCCCUGUAUAACGCGUCAAUGUUUCCUUUAAUCGGAGAGGACUGACUAAUCAGCAGCCAUUCAACCUUCAAAAAUAUCUAGCAGCAGAAAUGGAAAACACAAAAACCCAAUCUUUUCUGCUUCUCUUUAAAAAGCUUCCAUUUUUAUACAUAUUUUCCUCUCUUCACCUCAUUUUCCUCUCACCCUCUCUUUCAGCAGCUUCCACCCACCAGAAGCGACGGCGGCGCGCUAUAUCAUCGUUGUCGGCUUAUACUUUCUACCGACCAACUGAUCUAUUUCACCGUCACGUGCCGACGUGCGAUUGCUCUUCUGAUAACGGCACCGUCUGCCACGUCACCGCCAUGGCUCUGAAGUAACAAAGGAAGACUACAAAGGAAGUGUUCAUGAAAUUGCGAAGUUCCAAACCUAAAAAGUCGUUGUUUAAUCCAGGUAUCUCAGUCCUAAUUAUCUGAAUGGAACAAUCCUGCAACAGUGGGCAUCAAUGCAAUUGCUUGACCUUUGUUGCAGUUGUAGUUCUAAUCUGUGUGUUGAGCCCAGUAGAGGGGAAGCUAGUCAACGUGGUUGACCGGUCAACGGCAACCAGUAGCUGCGAUCUGUUCCAAGGAAGUUGGGUUUAUGAUGAAUCUUACCCCCUUUAUGAUUCAUCUCAAUGCCCCUUCAUACAGAAGCAGUUUGAUUGUUCACUCAAUGGAAGGGCGGAUAAAAACUAUACCAAAUACAGAUGGCAACCCCAUGGCUGUAAUAUAUCCAGGUUUGAUGGUAAAGAAUUCAUGAUGAGAUUAAAGGGCAAGAAGGUGAUGUUCGUAGGAGAUUCACUAUCCAACAAUCAGUGGCAGUCUCUGACAUGUCUGCUCCAUGUAUCUAAUCCAAAGUCUAAUUAUACAUUACAAAGAGCUGGAGAGAUCUCUAAUUUCACAUUUCAAGUAUACAAUGUUUCUGUCUUGUAUCACCGGCGUAUGUAUGUUGUGGAUCUUGAGAAUAGAACAUUGAAGUUAGACUCCAUAAGUGAAAAUGUAUGGUGGAAUGACAUGGAUGUGCUCAUCUUCGACACUUGGCAUUGGUGGUUUCAUAUUGGAAGGAAACAAGCAUGGGAUUUUGUGCAAGAGGGAAAUAUUACAUACAAAGAUGCAAAUCGAUUAGUUCUAUAUUCCAAAGCACUCAAGACUUGGGCAAAAUGGGUUGAAUCAGAGGUUGACACAACAAAGACUAAAGUAUUUUUCCAGGGAGUAUCUCCUGACCAUUGGGUGGAUAAUGCUGGGGGAUCCAAGGCAAGGACCUGUGAAGGAGCAAUAAAACCAAGCAAUGCUGAGAGAAGGGGACAUCCAGGAGAGGAGGUGCUGAAGGAGGUUCUGAAAAACAUGUCGAAACCGGUGUACCUGCUGGACAUUACGAGGAUGUCGCAAUACCGACCGGACGGCCACCCUUCCGUUUACGGUGUCGGAGGACACCUCAGCCCCGAUUGUACUCACUGGUGUCUUCCCGGCGUCCCGGAUUCUUGGAAUCAAUUCUUGUACACUCUCACCACUGCUCAAUCCCAUAUUAUUAGCAUUUCAUCUGCCCCUUGUCCCUUUUCUGCAUUAUUCUUCACUUCUGCUUCAUCUGUACUACUAUUCUUUUUAUUAUUUUUCUGGUUAUGAGAAUCCGCACAGUUCUAUCAACUCAAAAACUGGUAUAUAGAAAUCAAAAUUUUACAGAUCGAAUAAUUUGUGAUGCUCUUAAUUAGAAUUGUUCUUUUGUUUAGUGCCUUGUAAAGUUCUGGAUUGCCUUAUCUCAUAAUAGUAUGAUUUCAA